GAAGUCGCCUACCUCAUUGAAACCGCUUCACGCGGCCAACUACCUGCAAAACACGAGAGUGCCUGGUACUCCUUUGGCUUCGUCUGCACUACGAACGAAGAAGACGAGCGACGCCUCGCAGGCCUCUACGCCGUCCUCAUCCAGGAAGCAGACAGCCCAGAAAGCUUCCACGAGCUCCAAAACGCCCUAGAAAGGAACGAUCUAGUGACUCUAUUCGAUACAAAGGGAUUUAGAAACUUCCGCGAACUUUCUACUCACUUAGAAACUUUCCUCGCCACGCUGCCCGAACAGCGCCCCACGGUAUGGCGUCUGAAGCAGUUCAUCCAUGAUGCCGAUAGCACGAAUCCACCAGGUUGCCUGCAGCGCGACUACGGCUUCAAGUACUGCAAGCAAAGGGAAGAAGUCAUGCGUCUGAAGUUCAUCUACAGCAAGACGCUUGAGAAGAUGGAAGUAAUGGAGUUACAUGGUGCUUGUGUACACGGCAGGCUGUACGAGACUGCUGUACGCAUGGGAGUAUCUAUUCGACCCAAGGACAAAAGGCUCAUGAAGAAUGAUUACCCGUCGCCUCAUGUUGGGUUUUACAGUACUUCUGGGCUUGACAAUUAUCGGAAGCCGUUGUUUAAGAAGCAGUAG